AUGAGCGGCAUUGACAUCACGAGGAGCUUAGAAGACGUAUCAGGGGACGGCAACGACGGCGAGUCAGACGACCACGUGGUGCGCCUCAAGUUCAAAGAUGACAACCACACACGCGACUGGGAAGGCGGGCUGUGCCAGUGCUGGUACCACGACACACUGCCUCUCUGCGCCAUCACCGCCGUUCUCCCCUGCAUCACCUUCGCAAGGAUUAUUGUCGGGGGAGGGUGGCGGGAUGCGGAGGGGAAGCUUCAGAUUUCCGGCUGGGCGUUGUUCUUGCAGAGUGUGGCAAUGUGGGGUGCGAUCAUCGGGUUUUCUUUCUGGCUCGGGAAAUGGCGCGCGGACGUUCGGCGGAGGCUCGGAAUCCGAGGUUCGGGAGCGGAAGAUUUCUGCGUGAUGUUCUGCUGUACCAGCUGCUCUCUAUGUCAGCAAUCCCGCACUAUAGAUUCUGUUAUGGCUUCUGGCUUGAGCGGAAGUGGAGGAGGGGUGAGAGGCGAGGCUGUUGGGGGUGGGGAUGAGGAAGCAGGGGCAGCAGGUGGGGGAGGGGGUGCAUGGGAAGGAGGCAUGCAAGGGAACGACUGGGGAGGGUCGUGGGGAGGGCACGGUGUGUGGGAGAGGGUUAGGAACUGGAGCGGGGGUGAUAAUGGAUGGAGAGGGGCAGGGUGGGGUAGCAUGGGGGCGGGGAGUGAGAGGGUGGGUAGUGGUGCAGGGAGCAGUGGGAGAGGGGCAGGGGAGGUGGAGAUGGGGGAGGGGGAGGAGGAGAUGAAGACGGGAGGAUUGGUGCUGUUCUCGAUGCCUGCCAGAUGGCAACCCACCACGUCAGCUUGGCACCCCACCACCACUGAUGUGGAGAUUUGA